UUUACAUAACAAAAUAAUCAUUAUGGAUAGUGGAUUUGGUAUUGGAGGCCAUUCAAAGAGUGUUGUUGAAAUGACAACUUCUAAACUUGACUAUUGGUCCCCGUUUAUUGUGGAAAAUAGUGUUAAAAGGAGUUACAAGACAGAAAUGCGUCCUCAAUCAAUCUCUGGAGAUGGACCUAUUGAAUUUCAUUUAUCAGCUGAUCCUGAAAAAUUUACAGAUAUCACAACCUUAACUCUGCAUGGUAGAGUUGGUGUUAGAGUCAACGAAGGAGAUGGAAUAUGGAAACCAGUUAGUUCAUUAUCUCCACGACCAAAAUCAUGGGGAGUUAUCAAUAAUUUUUACCAAUCACUAUGUUCAUCCGUUACAGCAAAAGUAAAUGAUUGCGAGAUUGGUGAUAUUGCUUAUAAUUCAUAUCCAUAUGCAACAUAUCUGCAAACUCUUUUAGGAGCUUCAGCCAGUCAAGCUGGAAAUCUAAUUCUGUCUGAACGAGGUUUUAUCAAGGAUAAGGCGGAUAAUAUGAACACUCCUAAUCUGUCAGAUGCAAAUGGAUCAUUUUGUCAAAGAAGGAAAAGUCUGAUUGAAAAUAAUUUUGUUGAUUUCAAUAUUCCUCUACAUAAUGAUUUAAUGACUGUAGAGAAAUAUCUUCCUCCUAAUACAAAAUUAUCAUUCACAAUAAGAAAGUCAAGUAAUGAUUUCCUAAUCUGGAAAGAUGAUACUGAUAAAAAUGAAUAUAAAAUUGUGUUGGAGGAUAUACACUUGAAAGUAAAGUUAUUGGAAGUCUUUCCACAUGUGUUUAAAAAUCAUCAAAAACUACAGAAAGAGGCUGGUGCUUUAAAAAUUAAGUACACUCAAAAUGUUUUGAAGACAUUCGCUGUUCCUGCAGGAGCAGUUGAGCUCAAGCAGCACAAUUUAUUCUUUGGUAACCGUCUACCAGAUAGAGUAUAUUUAGCCUUUGUGGAGCAGGAGGCUUACAAUGGAGAUUGUUUAAAAAAUCCAUUCAACUUUGAAACUGCGGGUAUGAAAGAAGCAGCUCUAAUUGUUAAUGGAGUAUCUGAACCAUCUCCACCUUACUCUUUUGAAGAGGGAAUUGAUGAAAAAGAAUUAUAUUUCAGUUUUCUUGAAAACACUGGAACAUCAUCCUUUGAGAUGGACAGUGUGAAUGUAACAUUUGAAGAAUUCAAGAAAGGCUAUUUCAUCCUCCCAUUUGAUCGAUUCCCAACCAAAGAUAACGGAUUAUAUACACAUAAGAGUCAAGGAGGAAGCAUAACUGUAAAUGUUAAAUCAAAGAAAGCUUUAGAUAAAAAUUUCAUGGUUUUAGUGUUUGGUUCAUAUGAUAGUUCAUUGAUUUUUGUUGAUGAUAAGGUUAUUACUGAACCAAUUUAUUGAGAAUGGAAGUUUUGAAGCAAGGACUAUCUAACAUUCAAAUCAAGAAUUAUCUUGAAAAUGAUACUGGAUUUAUAGGAUGUUUUCCAUCAAAUAAAAUUCCUGAAAUAAAUAGCAUUCCAUGCACACUCAUAAUCAAUACAGCUCAAAGUGGACAUCCAGGAGAUCACUGGGUUGCUUUACAUUUAAAAGAGGAUGUUGCUUUCUACUUUGAUAGUUUUGGGUUUCCUAUUAUAGAAGAUGACAUAUUCAAAUUCCUAAAAAAAUACUAUAAAAAAGUACUCUAUAAUCGAAUCUGUAUUCAAGAUUUUACUAGUAUUGCAUGUGGUUUAUUUUGUAUUGCUUUUGUUAAAAAUGUUUUUUCUGUAAAAUCGUAUAAUUUAUUUAUAAGUCAGUUCAGUUCUGAUAAUAUCAA